AGCCGCCGCCUCCUCCUCCUCUUCCUCCUCCUCCUCCACCUCCUCCUCCUCCUCCUCCGCUUCCCUUCCCGGCUCGGUAAAAGCCCCGCCGCGCCCUCCCCAGCCCCGCUCCCCGCCCGGUUGCCGAGCACAGGGGGACGCCGGCCCCGGUCCCCAGCCCCCGGCCCGGGGGGCGGCGGGGGAUUGCGGAGCACAUGGAGGUGCCGGGACCCUGCCUCUGCCCCUGCCGCCGCCUCGCCUCCCUGCUGCUGCUGCUGGCUUCGUGCAUCGGCUGCGCGGCCGCCCCGCGGAGGAGCAUCCCCCGCCGGCAAGCAGAUAGACUGGGGCCUCCUUUGGACAUACUGCUGGAUUCACUGAACUGCACAGCCUUCAGCGUGCAAUGGAGGAUGCCAAAGCAACACGCAAACACUAUCACGGGAUAUACAGUCUUCUACUCAGAGGUUGAAGGUGACAAAGCAGUUAAGCAGCUCUCACAUGAUGUUCCCCUGAGUCUGGAUAUGCUGAGCAUGGGUCAGCUUGAAGGACAAGCAAUUUUUGAAGUUGUUAUUGGGAAUUUGAAGCCUGGUACCCCACAUCGCGUUAGCGUUGGCGCCUAUGGCUGGGCAGGGAAAGGACGGUCCAGCAUGCCCAGAGAUGUGACAACCUUAUCGCAAGAUAACUGCAUGCCCCCUGCACCACCCUAUCAGCCACAGAUCGUUGUUGUCUCUGAUUCAGAAGUUGCAUUAUCCUGGAAGCCUGGGGCCAGUGAAGGAAGCUCACCCAUCCAGUACUACGUAGUGGAGUUUAUCAGGCCAGACCUUGACAGCAAUUGGACUGUAAUAAGAGAGCAGAUCCAGAUGGAGUCCAUGGUUCUCAAGGGACUUCUCCCAAAUACCAAGUAUCAGUUCGCCAUCCGAGCAGCUAACUCCUACGGAUCCAGCCCCUCCAGUGCACCGAGCGAUGUUGUCCAAACAUUCAGCUCCGAGGAGUUAGGAAGCGGAAACUAUGGGCAUCGGUAUAUCACAGAGGCAGUCACUGGUGAUGAUGAUGGAUUUGAUGUUGAUGACUCAGACUAUGACAUUUACAUAGAAGAGCUCAGACCUCUCCCUGCUAUCAAAGGAGGCAACAGAAAAUUUCUGGUUGAAACCAAGGUCACAUCAGGGUCUAGUUCCAGGCUCCUGUCACGGCUCCUUAUAACCACUUCUGAGCCCACCACUUCCACUCCCAUCACCACUCGACCUUCUACAACAGUGAGGGCGACUACAGCCAGGGCCACGAGAAGGGGUGGCGUGUCUUCUGCACUGCGCCUCUUUGAUCUCUCCUGCGAUGAGACCAUCUGCUCUGCAGACAGCUUUUGUGUCAACGACUAUGACUGGGGAGGCUCGCGCUGCCACUGCAACUUGGGGAAAGGAGGAGAGACAUGCACAGAAGAUAUUAUUAUCCAGUAUCCUCAGUUCUAUGGCUACUCAUACAUCACAUUUGAACCACUGAAAAACUCCUAUCAGACAUUUCAAAUCACCCUUGAAUUCAGGGCUGAAUCAGAAGAUGGUUUGCUGCUAUACUGUGGAGAAAAUGAACAUGGCCGUGGUGAUUUUAUGUCACUGGCAAUCAUCCGACGGAGCAUCCAGUUCAGGUUUAACUGUGGCACUGGACCUGCGGUUAUAACAAGUGAAAAUAAAAUAAAGCUGGGGAACUGGCAUAGUGUCACACUGUUCAGAGACGGGCUGAAUGGCUGGCUCAGGAUGGACAAUGAUGCUCCGGUCACAGGAAAAUCUCGGGGCCAAUACAGUAAAAUUACCUUCCGGACUCCCUUCUAUGUCGGCGGUGCCCCCAGCAUGUACUGGCUGGUCAGAGCCACAGGCACCAACCAAGGAUUUCAGGGCUGCGUUCAGUUGCUCAGCGUCAAUGGGAAGAUGAUUGAUAUGAGACCCUGGCCAUUAGGGAAGGCUCUCAGUGGUGCCGAUGUGGGUGAGUGCAGCAGUGGAAUCUGUGACGAGGCAUCCUGCAUCAACAGUGGUACCUGCACUGCAAGCAAAGCGGAUUCGUACAUUUGCCUUUGCCCUCUUGGGUUUAAAGGUCACCACUGUGAAGAAGCACUCACCUUGGCUAUACCUCAGUUCAACGAAUCCUUAAGAUCAUUUGCUAGCACACCCUGGCCCUUGGAACUGCAGAAUUACCUUUCCUUCAUGGAGUUUGAGAUGACAUUUCGUCCAGAUUUAGAGACUGGUGUCCUUUUGUACAGCUAUGACACAGACAGCAAGGACUUCCUCUCCAUCAACAUGGUGGCUGGUUACGUGGAAUUCAGAUUUGACUGUGGCUCAGGAACGGCUGUCAUCAGGAGUGAAGAACCUGUCAGUCUGGGUCAAUGGCAUGAGCUGCGAGUGUCUCGUACAGCGAAGAACGGUAUCGUACAAGUGGACAAACAAAAGCCAGUGGAAGGGAUGGCAGAGGGGGCUUUCACACAGAUUAAGUGCAGCUCUGAGAUAUUUAUUGGCGGAGUCCCCAGUUACGAUACAGUGAAGAAGAACUCAGGGAUCCUCAGGCCCUUCAGUGGGAGCAUCCAAAAGAUUAUCUUGAAUGACCGGACAAUUGAUGUGGCGCAUGAUUUCACUUUUGGAGUCAACCUAGCGAACGCAGCCCACCCCUGUGUGAGCUCACCAUGUGCAAACGGAGGCAGCUGCGUUCCGAAGAAGGACAGCUAUGAAUGUGACUGUCCCCUGGGCUUCGAUGGGCUGCAUUGCCACAAAGCCAUUACAGAAGCAAUUGAAAUCCCACAGUUUAUUGGUCGUAGUUACCUCAUAUACAAUAAUCCAGAUAUCCUCAAAAGGGUAUCAGGAGCAAGAACAAAUGUGUUCAUGAGGUUUAAAACCACAAUGAAGGAAGGUCUUUUGAUGUGGAGGGGAGACAGUCCCAUGCGACCUAAUAGUGAUUUCAUUUCUAUAGGCCUUCAAGAAGGAGCAUUAAUAUUCAGCUACAAUUUAGGCAGCGGCAUUGCUUCCAUAGUGGUGAACGGCUCGUUCAGCGACGGCCGGUGGCACCGGGUCAAGGCCGUUCGGGAUGGGCAAUCUGGCAAAGUAACUGUGGAUGAUUACGGAGCCAGGACUGGUAAAUCCCCUGGAAAGAUGAGGCAGCUAAACAUCAAUGGAGAUCUCUAUGUAGGUGGCAUGAAGGAGAUCGCCCUGCACACCAACAGGCAGUACCUGCGAGGGCUGGUGGGCUGCAUUUCGCACCUCACGCUGUCCACCGACUACCACAUCUCGCUGGUGGAGGAUGCAGCUGAUGGGAAGAACAUUAACAUGUGUGGGACCAAGUGACAAGAGAGGAGCCCCGGAGCUGAGGACCCAUCCUGCGCUUGCUUGUGCAGAUGAAAGCGAGCUGGCUGCUGCAGCCCUCCACAGCCGGACCAUGGUCGCCAUCAGAAGAUGACAGAGCCAAAGGGAAACCCUGAAAAAAAGAAUAUUUUCCCUCUCCUUUCCUCUGCUGACCAAACCAAACUGAGUAUUUUGUGUAGGAGCCGUCCCCUUUACCCGCUGCGUGUUUAGUAAGCGCUAAAGGUCGUGCGUCAGUGCAAACAGCAGAGAACUGUGUGGUGUUACGAGUAGCUCAGUGGCUGUGUUGUGGUCCAUAGGUUGUCUUUUUUAAUGUCAAAAAGGGCAGUCUUUAAACACCUGCAUUCAUUCCACCUUCUACUUUGCAAUGGUACAACGACUGUAUUGUGCAACAGAUACAAGAGCAGGCAACGUAUCUAUGCAUUCAAAUGUAUGUCCCCAAAACCGCAGUUCUUCUCACCGCUCUGAUUUAGCUAAGUUAUGUUUCAUCCUGUGUAAAUAACAGCUGCAGUGACUGGUUUCAAAAUGUUGUUGUUUGUUGAGGAGGAAAGUUCUUAAAGUCUACUUUUUUACUACAAGCAACAAAAAUCAACGAACCAAUUUUAUAGGAGUAAUUUUAUACUUGUAUAUUUUUUAUAGCAGCAGCAGACCUGCUUACAUGAUAUAACUUUUGACAUUUAGGUGUACUAUACAAUUAGCUCUUUGCACACUUUCCUGAAAAUAGCAAAGUGACCUGUGGGUUCAGUUGGUUAUACAGAAGGCUCAGUGUCUGUAUUAUACAGUUUUGGUGGAGAUAUUUGUGAGUUAUAACCAGUUUUAAAUCUUUUUUUUUGUUGUUGUUUUGUAAAUUUUGACAGUUCGAAAUGUACAUUAUGAAGUUUUCCUGGCUUAAACAGAUUAAAAGAUUAGGAGGAAAAAAGUACAAACUCUUGCUGCUGUGGUAUUUUAAAUCACAAUUUUUAAUGCUGAAAAACGAGAAAAGAGAUGUGCAAGAGACCUCGGUAGGUCACAGACCUCUUAAAAUAAAAUGUUUUCUAGGCACUGGACCAACACUUGUGCAACCUUGAUUGCCAAACUGUAAUUUAAGCAGGCGAAAAGAGUGCUGUUGAGACAGUAAGGAAAUGAUCCAGAAUUUCAUAGUUUAGAGAUUUCUGGGUUUGUUAACUCUUUGUCUGAAGUAGAGCCAUGGGCUGUCAAGGGGCAGAGGUGCCAGAGAACCACUGACUUCUGUGCCAGCAUGGGCUCACUUGAAUGACAACGUGCUCUGAGGACCUGAUGUGGCAAAAGCAAUGGGCAACAGGAUCAUUUGGCUGCUUUUUCACUGUGCCCAGGGUACUCCCUGGGAACCAAAACACGUUUCUGAGUCUCAUCCCAUCUAGAGCUGGCUUUGAACAGCUGCAGGCUGGAGUGAACAAAUGGUAGGUGGUGCUAGAUGUGAGCACAUGUGAAAUAGCUGCCAAGGAGACCACAGCCCCUCUUUUAUGUUCUGGAAGGGAGACCCUGACUGCUUGGGGUAAAGAUCUUGUGCUCCAUGCAGACCUGGCAGCAGUGGCCAAAAAGAGAUGCUAGGAGUUGUUAGAAACAGAAAGAAACAGAAAAAUAUAUGGUGGUGCCAGCAUGUAACAUGUGCACCUGUGCUCCGUCCCCUGUUGAAAUAGCACUGCAGAAAAACUGCAGAAGAAAUAAGCAGAUGGCAGAUGAGCUGGAGACACACAUGGCUUUUGUCCCAGGAGAAACAAAGUGUCUUUUUUUUUGGUUUGGGGAACCCCAUAAGGACAGAGGUGUAUGGUCAUGAAUGUAUGGUGUAUGUGUGGUCGGAAAAAAGCAGGAUAAUGUAUGCAUUAAGUGUCACUGAAGUACAUGGCCAGGACAUGGCUUUAAACUGGAGGUAAGUGGAAUUUGAUGCUGUUGGAUAUAAACAGGAUAAGUGCUAGGAAUUAGAAAUGGGGUAAAAAUGAAAAACUGUGGAGGCUUGCUGGCUGCUGGAGAGGAAAGAGUUGUGUUUUAUGUGCACGUGGGUUUUCCCAAGCAGCAAAGACCUGACCCAUUCCAACACAAGGCAAAGAGAUCUGGCCAGCCAGACCCCUUGUCCUCGGGACCACUGUGAUGCCGGUGACAGGGACAGCGCCAGUCCCAAAACUGCAUCACUCCCUGCUCUGUCAAGUGAGCCUCUCCAUUUCCAUCCUUUCAUUUCUGUUGCAGGGUUUGGAGAGCAGUUCCAAGGCAAACACCUGGUGGGAGAGAUCUCUAUUUUAAGAUUUACUGCAGUGUAGCUGAUGUUUUGGUACAAGGCAAUAUUUCUCCAGAACAAAAGCUACUCUUUGAAAUGCAGGGAGGGGGGCAGCUGGUAGGAAAUACCUCUGUUGUUGUUGUGGAAAAGGAAAAGCAGCAAGCUGCAGCUCUGCAAACGCCUCUUCCCAAAUGUGUGUAUCACCGCACGGGAAUUUGGUGCUGGCGGCAUCGCCCCGCCGCAGCGCAGGCUGAGCAUGAGUGACACAGCUGCACAGCGCCGGCGGGGGGCGAAUAGCAAGGAUGGUGUGAGGCUUGAUUCCUUCAAAAAGAAAAAAAGAAAAAAAAAAAAGUAGUGUUUUCUGGGACUUUUUAGAGAGAGCCUGAGAAAAUUCCAGAUGGGGAGCAUCCCUGCACGUGCAUUUGUGGUUUCCCUGGCAAAGUUUGGCCAUGCCCCCAGGCUUCCAGCACUCGGCAGGCUGGGCAGAACACUGGUGCCAGGAGCUCAGGAGCAUCUGACCAGGUACAGAGGCUCAGCCACCCCUGGAACCAGGCUAGGGCAGGAGAGGGGAAAAGGGGAGGCUGCAUGGCAGAGCACUUAGUCAUUUUCCCAGGAACUGGCCUUGGAUGUGUUGCUUGCUCGCCAACGUUCUUUAUUAACCUUAUUAUUUAUCACCCAGUAUAUAUCUGAGAUUCAGUGCAACCCUGGCACUGCAGCAGGAUGCACUCACACCCAUUGACAGUCCUGUGUCCUUUUGCUGCAAGUGACUGGUUUUUCUGGAGUGAACUGCAGGGUAUGGAGACUGCCCACCACAUGGUCACCAUUUCCAACCUCUGGCAGGACUUUCUGAUGGGUCAAAAAACAGGCUUUUGAAUUUGUGGCAACUUCAAGGGCUUUUGUACAUGUACGAUAGUUCCAGAAGCCCUUGGAGCUGGUUUGUAGCUCUUUGGUGGAUUUUGUCACUACUGGGUCCUGCUUUACAUUUCAAAUCCCCAUGGCAGAGGUGGCAUCCAGGAGACAGCUGUCCAUGCCUGGGCCCUGCUGUGCCCAGUCCCCCUGCAGUGACCUGUGAGGCAAGUGGUGGCUCUGUGUGCUUCUGAGAGGUAGGCAAGGAGCAGACGGUUUAAAAAAAAAACAAAACAAAAAAACAAGAAAUCUACAGAAGAGUGAAGAGACAUGGAAAUGCAGCUUGUAUCCCUAAGUCCUCGUGCCUCUCUUUGUAAUGCAAUCCGUUUCCUAAAUCUCAACUCUUAGUUUUCUUCUUGAUUUUCCACAUUUAUCCUGGAAAAAAAACCCACCUUUCUAUUGGUAAACACCCUGCUUGGUGCCAGCCUUGGAUGGGAUAAAGCAGGCUCUGGGCUGUGCCUUGGAACACAUGGGGCAUUCAGGAGAAAAGGGAUGGUGGUGGCAGGAGGAAAGGACGCCCACCAGUCACUGACUGUUUUUGGGAGCUGCUCCCUGCCUUUCCUUCCCACAGGGCAGCAUGCCUCGCUGUGACCCAGCCCGAGCCACCUCCCCAGGGUCCAGCUGCUUCAGCAGAAAGGCCUGCUGAGGUCAAGGACAAAGUCUGCUAAGGACAGGGUAGUCAAAUUUUUGUGGUAGGCAAAGCCUUGCCUUGGUGGUGGUGUGUCCUGGGCAGUCAAAUUGAGGGGCCCGGAGCUCUUCUCCCCCCAGCUUGGCCCUGAGGCGAAGAGGAGGAGGGGACUGCUAAAGUUACGCUUUUCAUUACCCAGGCUUUGCUUUUGGGAAAACACUUUAAAACAUUGGAUUAAAAACGCAGCCGUGGUUUACUCACGGAGAUCAGCAGCCCCAUCCUAUCAGCCGGACACUUCUGUCUGUCAGCAGUUUACUUCAGGGGCGGAGGGGGGGGCAGGCCUCCCACUCGCUCCCAUUUUCCUGUGGUUUGAGUCACUGCGGGUGCCCUCGGUCCCCACGGAGGGGCGAGGACGUAGCUGCCACCCCCGUGCUCAGGCUCACCGGUGAGUAAGCGGCAGCGGUGCCAGGGCCUGCUGCUCCCAGCGGCCUGCAGGCAACGGCCCUCAGCUGUGUCCCCGAGCAGGCUGGGGUGGGCCCUGCGCUGGCUGUGGUGUGUGAAAUGAUAUAAAAGAUCACCUCUUCAAGUCCCUUUUUCACCCCCCUCAGCUCUGCCAGCCCCAACUCAUCUUUGCCCACUCAUAAAACCCCACCAUGGAGAGUGCCUGGCAGCGUUGCAGGCCUAUUAUCCCCAUUUCACUUGUAUUUCCCCUCACUGUUGGAGCAUUAUUCUUUGUUUAUUGUGCACAGGACAAAGACAACGUUGUUCCUCUCCUCCCCAUGUCUUUUUUAAGCUUCCUUCACUCUUCCUGUCUGAGGAAAAAGUGGUGCCGUUCUCUCAAUGCCAGCCCCACCGGCUGCGUUUUCCAGCACUGCACAUGGUGGCGAAACACCAGGAGUGGGAAGCGGGGAUGUCACAAGGGUCACUGUGGGGCUGGCGGCCACAAGACCUUGGGUUUGAGGACCGGGUAGAAGAAACAGGACAGCAGAAGUUCAGGCUGGCUUGCAAGACAGUGGCUUUCAACCUUUUUGUUUGUAUUGCAGAUCCUUAAAUAUUUUCCAGUGGCAACAGCGGCAACUUUUGUUGUCACUUUUUGUGGACACAGAAGAGUUUCCCUCAAUUUUCCCAUCUUUUGAAGACACCGAGAGGUAAUAUUUAAAAUUUUCUUCACGAUUUCUAUUACUUCCACUUUUUUCCCCUCACUACAUCUUUUAAUUUUGGCAUCAACAAAGCCAAAUUCAAAAUGAAAUCACCAAUUCAUCAUCCAGCUUUCAUUCAAACAAGCAGAAUACAGUUGCUUUUUUUUUUAGUACUAAUGAAUGACUUGUACACAUGGACUCUUGCCUUUAUUCAUGUGUUGAGAAUAACUUUUUGCAACAGGAAAUGCAGGGAAACACUGGAUGCUACUGCUAUAGGCCGUGAUGUGUUAGGAGCAGCUAGUGCUGACAGCAAGCAGGAAAUAUAGUUAGGCAAAAGAAUAUGAUACAUAUGGGAAUGAGGACAGGAAAUAAUGACAUCUUGAGUCCCUCUCUGUACCCAUGUCCUCAUGGUGAAGAAUGGACCAUCCCAACUCUCCAUCACUACCCAACCUUCAAACUUGGUCAGUGUAUUGUUACAGCACAAAUCAUAUUCUUCUGAAGGCCCUAACACUAUAUGAAACUCAGAAUAUUCCUGGCUCUGUGAUUUUUAAUUAUUUUUUAAAAGUGCCUGUAUUCAUAGUUCCCAAGUAGCUCAUAAAGUGUGAAAUGCACUCAAAAUGAAAAGCUCAAGCUCACAGCUGGCUUGAGAUAUUUUCUCCAUAGUGGCUGUAAAUGUAGCCCAACAGGAUAUUGUUAGUAACUGAUAUCUGUACUGGCUUCAUGACUAGAAAACAAACACAACGCUGGAGGUGAACUCUCACACAGAGAAGGCAUGUUAUAUGCACAGUAAGGAGCAUUGCUGGGCUGUUUGCCACAUUGGAGCUCCCUGUAAUGGGGCGGAGGUGGUGGGGGCUGUGAGGAGGACAGAGACCACCUUGUGUCUUCAAGGGCCAAUGCUCUCAGCCGCUCUUCCAAAUUGCCUCAGUAGCGGUAGAGCUCAGCCCAGGCUAGCUGGUCUGCGUCCUUCAUGUACUUGGCUCAGCUCUGGCCCUGCAAAGAAACCCACUACUUCCAUGUUCCUCUGGUGCUGCAGUUCCAUGGCUACCUCAGCGUGAAUGGAUGGUGAGCCCCAGCUGUCCAAGCUGUGCUAAGAACCAAACAGACUUAGUCUGGUUUUGCCAAGGUUUGAAUGUCCUGUGUCUGAACAACUGCUGAACUGUUUGGAAUUAUUGCAAAGCUAUCACCCCUUUGCUUCUUUUAAUCCCGAGGCCAUAGGGUCAGAUGAUGGAAUGAGACCUGUCUUGCUCUCAUCCCUGGUAUUCCUCCAUUGGCCAAAGCAGUUGCAGGGCUUUGGAGCAGCUUAGGGAUUUCACCUUUAGAACAAUCAAAACCUUUCCUCAUCUCCACAUCUCUGUUGUUGCAGUCAUUGUACUGAUUAAAGGACUUAGUCCCCUUGGUCCCUUACCUGCCCACCAUUGUGUGGAGCUCACACAUCCUAGACAGUUUAUGUCACAUCAACAACCUGCACCAGCCAUCUACUAUGGCAAAGACAACAAAUUGACUCUCCAACUUUGCCUCAGCAGGGCUGCCAUGCAGCCAUGGCUUUUUAUGAUGUGCUGUGUUAUGGCACUUGUCUGUCUGCACGCUGCUAAGCCAGUGGGUCACUCAUGGUUCAGAUGCUGUGGUUAAAUGAGCCACAAGAUUCCUUGACUGUUGCUAGUUGCAAAGUGCUGUAACAUAAAUAGCUUUCAACAUAAAGCCCACGUUACAGACACCAUAGAAGCUGAUCAUCUCACCGUGAGAAAGUGUCCUAUAUCAACCAAACCAAUCCCAUGGUGUGCAGCUUGGACCCCUUCUUCCUGCAUCGCUACAUGCUGCAGAUAAGAAUGGCUGCCAUGCAAAGCCAUCCACCACAGAGAGCUCUGGCUGGUCAUUUCUUCAAGUCUUCAGCCCAAGCCUGCAGGGAAAUCAUGGCUCAGCCCCCCUCACCCCGUUGUCUUAGAACCACGUGCCAAGGACACGGGUAAGGAAAGUGCCCUUCUUCUUCUUGUCACAUUGCAUGACAUGAACCAGGAGGACUUCAGUGAACCAUGAACAUAUGCACUACAAAAUGCCGUGCUUAGGAGAAGCUGCUCAGAGAGUACUUGUGUUACUCUGCCGAUCAAGAAGCCAAGGCUGUGCUUGCCAGAUCCUGUGGUUAUUUACACUGGCACAAAGUUAAAAUAUCUCUGUUUAUGCUACAGCAUGAGCAGAAUUUACUUCUUACUUAAAAAUAAACAUGCAAGCAAGAAAUAUCAAAACAUGUAAGAGUGUAAGAAAAUAUAUUUAUUAAAUUCCAUGGCAAUACUAUGGUAAAAUUGUUAAAUACAUGCGUAUUUUUAGACACACAAGCAAUACAACAGGAGUUACAACAGCCAAGCAAACUAGGCUUAAAAUGUAUGCAAAGUUGGUAUCUUAGUGUUAGGUUAGUCUUACAUGUCAUCUGCCCCACUGGAAUAUUAUUUCCCCAACACAGUCCCAUGCUUCCAUUUUCAAACAUGCAUUUGUUUAAUUGCUUAGCUAACAGAUUUUCUUGUUGAUACAUGUUGUUGAAUCACUAUUCCACUUGGUAUGCUACAACUUCAUUAAAGUGCAUUGUGAUGAUUUUGUUUAAAUCAUAAAAUACAUCUUUUUUUCCGUAACAGAUCUGGAAGCUGGAAAACUUCGGUAUCAUUCAGCAACAGAAAUAUGUUAAAUGACAUUAGGUUUAGUGUGUUAGGUUGGCUAUUUUGUCGGUUUGAUUUAUUGAUUUAUUCUCAGGACUAAUUUCUAUAGAUGACCAUUUCAAAUUGGGAAACAUUUUCACUAGUAUUCAACAAAAGUCCAUUAAAAUCUUUGUAAAAACAUAACAUAAAAACAUCUCUAAACAAAUUACUUAUGCUGUAAAAAAUAUGGUAUAAAAAGAGUUAAAAAACCAUUGAACCUGUUCACAGUAUAUAUUUUGAAAGUUACAGCAUUAUAGUACAACUGUUUUUUUUCUUCAGGUGACCUGCAUGACUUCACUAGCUCCACUGCUUUGUGUACCACACCCUGACCAAAGUUCAAACUAUCUUUACCUUCAAGUAGGGUUUCAGAUGAGAGGUAAUUCAGUUAUCUUCCGUUUUGGCCAUUCCCUGCUUUACAAAUGUUUCUGAAAGGCUAUGAAGUAUAUGGUGCUGUUCAUCCUAAGCCAUUCUUAAAAUCACAUUAAGGAAACACUGUUGCAGUGAAAUUCAAGAAUUGUUUUUUAUUUGUAUUACUACUAAAAAGUGUGAGACCUUACCAGUGUCUGUUUUACUUUGCCCUAUUUGAGCUUUUUGAGUUUAGCUCAGCACAAAUAAGGAAAAUGAAAACAUUUCAGUUUUUACAUAGUCUCUGGUUAAACUUUACUCUCUGGGUACUAUGGUUUUCACAUUAGACCAAAGUGAGUUGCAAAGGUACUGAAACGUGUGGCAGGCUCAUGGAAGCUGUGCAUCUAUUUCCACUGCAGCUUGCUUUCAGGUAACUCCAUCUGAAGUGCAGCUUUGGGACUGUCCAAAAUCCUACCUCGAGAUACCAUCAGGUAACACAUUAAGAAAUAAGGAUGGCUUCUGCUCUGGCUCACGACAGAGUCACCCAGGCACAAGGGCAGGAUGAGUCUGGUAAGGGAUUAACACCAUCCCUCACAGAGCAUCCUGCUCACAGGCCAGCUCACCUGCAGUUGAAAGCUCAGCCCCCAACAUCUGAAAUACAAAUAUUCUCUGAAGACUUUUUUUUGUUGAAAAAGAGAAAGAACUUAAUAGACAUUUUUUUUUUGUGGGGAAAAAGCAUUGUUAAGCACCCUGGGACAACUUGUAAAGUUACAGAAAACCCUGCCAAUAUCAUCUGAGGUUUGUUUGCAUAACAUGCAAAAAGGAAAUAAACACUGGCUAUCUUAGAAACACUGGGGAAAAUCCAGAGUUAUAUAAAUAGGAGAGGAGGGGAAAGAAAAUUGUUAUGGAAGAAACUGUUUUCCAGCUUCUAAGAAGGCAUUUACAAAUUUAAGACAGGCCUAAGCAUGAGGAAAUGAGCUUUUAAACACUCCAAUGUUUCUGAAUCUCAGUAUCUGGCAUUUGGGGUCUGGGACUGUGUUCCCAGGCUUGCUAAGGACAAGUCAAUGAAGAAGCCAACAAUGAAUCCUUAGAACUGCAGACAUUGUCUCUGAACAUCAGCCAGACAGGUCACCGUUAAAUGCACGGCAGCACAAACUCCAUGUAGGAUGAUAGGAGGAGUGCAGAUGGCAACCAUUUCCUCUAGGCGAAAAUGCACCUCCGAAGGCAUAUAUUUAUUCAAGUACAGGGCUCAAAAAAACAUGCUUUGGGAACUGUAAGCCAACUUCUUCUGCAAUACGCACCUAGUUACACAAUGCUGCAAGCACGUAUUUGCCUAAGGAGUUAGGACCUUACUUAGUGUUAAAAAUACUAAUGUCAUUUGAUCUGAGGUCUUCAUCAAAGUCGUGGCAGAGCAGAGGAUGCUAUUUACAUGGGAAGCUCUUGAUAUAUUUAUGGUACAGAACCUUGUUAGCAAUCUGAUUCUUUAAAUACUACCCAUAUUUUUCCUAUGCAUUUCAAAUUCUUUUAAUAUAUUUCUAUCUACUCAUAGGUACAAAUAUUCUAUUUACAAAGAAACAAUUGUCUAAAAAUAGACCACACAAUUUCUCAUUGCCUCUUAAUAGUGAUAUCCAACCACCUCCCUCCAGCGCAUCCACUUGCCUUCAUUUUUGCUACAGUUCACGGUCAACUGAGUGUCCAGGAGGACAGCAUAAGAGGGAACCCCACAGUCCUCCGCUUCAACUUUACAGAGUUGAACUUAUCAAAAAGGGAGGGGAAAGGGGGAGAGAAGGAGAGGAAAAGGGAGAAGGAGAAAGAGAGGGAGAGGAGGCUUGAAUGUGCCUCUUCAGAGCAGCUUGAAACUCGAGCUUAGCAGGAGCACUCUGCUGCCUGCCCUGUGCCCAGCAAAGGAAAGCUCUGGUCCCCCACAUAAACCAAAGAUGAAGAAACACAUUACACUUGCCAGUUGUGCCGUGACAGACAACACGACCACUGGUUCCCUUUGGAAACAGCUUACCCAUGAAAGCAGCAGCUAUGGAUAACAGAGACACCUACAACAGCAAAUGUCAGUGAUUAGGUCCUAAGUCUGCGUAUGCAGCCACCACACAGCAGGGAAGAUAAUUCACUGCCUGCCCAUAAUAUUAGCUUACUAUUUUGUUGAAAUAUUAACUAGUAGUUCUGUGAGGUAUAUCACAUUCAAAUCUACAACUCCCAAAUUUAAGACACAAAACCAAGAUCCCAGAUCAGCCCCUGCAUGUCAGUCAGAACAGCAAAAAUAACCAACACGUCAAAUAGGAGAGUGCAUGAUAUUAUAUCAAACAUGACCAUUGUUCCAUGCAUGAAGUGAACAGUACAAAAAACCAUUACAAAACCCAAACCCAGCUGUCACAUUUGACAGGCAUGGCUCAAAACAAAAAAACAGCAGCACUGAUGAUUCACUUUGGAAAGAAAUUGUUUGACAUUGGCACCCUGCAUCUCUGAACACUGAUCCAGCCAAAGGACUGAAACAUUGAGUUAGGAGUAACAGUGUUUUGGACACAAUCUCUACUGCUCGUAUCCCUUCUGGAAGUUUUCUCUCUUUUUUUUCCCUUUCCUUCUUUUUAUUAAAAAAAGAGAAAAGAACUAUCUAUUCUUUUAGAAAAAAAAAGCAAAAAUUUAAAAGGACUAAAACAAAAUAGAUGUUCAAUAAAGGAGUAAGAUCUUUCAGAAAAUUACUGUUAUGAAAUACAGUACUUCAAGAUUCCUAAUACAUUUUUUCAAGUCAAGGGGAAGGAAUUCUACUCACGUCUAAUUUGACAGAAGAGGCUCACUGGGAAGUCCAAAGGCACUAGUACGAGGAGUCUGAUCCCCUUAAAGCCAAAAGUUUUAGUCUUACAAUUGAUAUCAGUACAUCUAGAAGCUAAACAGCACCACACUUUGAAAGUGAAUUUGGUAUGGAAGACAUUCUUAAAGAUGCUUCACUGGUUUAACAUGUCACUCAGGCUCAAAAAGUAAGUCUGUGCCCUGACAGUCCUUGUCACUCAUUAUUACUACUACAUGCACCUAAGGGUGUCUUCACCUGGUUACUAAAUUAGCACACAUACUCUCCCCACCCAUCUAGUGCAUGGAUUUGCUGCAGAAGAUUUAAGACAGGCGUUUGAAAGGAGUCCUCACUGCUAGCACUGAAUAGGCUCAAUAGGAACCACAUAGUGAAAGCAACUGACCUUUCUAGUGCUGGAACGAAGACUGCUCACUGGUUCAUAACCAUUAAGCAACAGUAAUCAAUGCUACAUAUGCUGUGCAAGCCUGCGUCUCUCCCCUGUUUGCCCCACUAUAGUGCUACUGAUACACGAUUAAGGAUUUGGUAAGCCAUUGAUAUUAACAGGACUCUUCUGCCCUACAUCCUGGAAGUCAGAACCCCAGACAAAUAAAACAGAUAUUCAAAGUU